CGUAAGCCCACCGCUACCACUUUAGACUUGCGCCAAAAAGGAGAGAAGAAGAAAGCAGAGGAGGGAUGUGCUUGGUGUUCGUGUGCGACGAGGAGGAGAGGGUUUUGGGGAGCCAGCAGGCGCCCGGGAACUGCCCCUAUUGCGGUGGGGUGGUGAUGGCCACCGACGUCGAGAGCGCGUGGAGGCUCUGCUUCCUUCCCCUCUGCUUCAAGGCCAAGAGGAAGUUCUACUGCACUCUAUGUGCUCGCCGUUUGGUCGCCUAUCCCUAGAGCUCGAAUAUUGGAAACUUCAAAGUUAGAUUGUUAUCAGCAGAAGGAAUCACCAUCUCUCUUAUGAGCUUAGUGUGCGUGUGUGUAUGUGAAUACCUUUUGGUUGUUUGUAAUUUACGAUGGUCAUGUUAUGAUGAUUGGUAUAGGUGUGAAUUUUUACUUUGUUUUUGUUUUUGGUUUUUUUUUUUCCUCAACUUGUUUGGAUAAGAGGAGGGGGAAGCCCAAAGGGGUUUCGAUGAGGAGAGGCCGGAAGGGGUUUUCUUAUGGUUGGGGUCAGAAACCUCUGUUUCCUUUUGCAAUUAUAUGAUGAUGAAUUAAAGCCCUUCUUUCCUUUUA